AAAAAAAACAGAAACCAAGUGCGUCCUGCUUUGGCUUACUAACACACAGGAAACGAGAGGAAAGUGUGGGUGUUAAAUUGUAGUAGCUGGUUUAUUGUGUGUUACAUAACGCCGUAUUAGAAAUACAGUGUGUUAGAUCUGCCACAGGAUGCGGUGCGUUAAGGCGCACUGGAGUGAGGGGGCGCGCACUGCUGGAGGGUCGUCUUUAGUGCGAAUAGUCGCCGUGAACGUCUUUACUGGCACCCUGGGACACUUUCUUCAGUCACUGCCAGCAAUAUAAACGCGGGAGGGGGGCAGCUGAGUGCACUUCGUUAUUGUCGCGCGAUAUUGGAUGUGAAUGGCAAGUGGUAGAAGCUCGAUAUGAAGGUUGGAUUUGGCUCUGUGGUUGUCACCGCUGGAGUGAACGGCAUCCUCAGCUUCUGCUUCCUAGCGCUCGCAAUAGGAACUGAGUACUGGUACAUCAUAGACGACUCGCGCACGAACCUCACGGAGCCUGAACACGUGCACUCCGGAUUUUGGGGAGUGAGUGAUGAUGUACAACCCUUCUCAGAAGCUCCGCAUGACCUUUCAGAAUCAACACAACACAUGCAAAACAUGCACAAUGUGAUAGCCAUUCUGCUGCCUCUGAGUCUGGUGCUGUUAGUGUUUGGAGGAAUAUGUGGUCUGGUCAGCUCUCUGGCCCGGAGUAGGGCUCUCCUCAUGGGUGCUGCCUCCUAUUUUCUUCUUUGCAGUCUACUCACACUCUCUGGUGUAAGUCUGUACAUCAGCUAUUCACAGCAGGCUCUGGAAGAGACAGAGAAGAGGAUGGGGCCGGAGCAGAUGGCUCUGGUUCACACGUCGUUCGGUUGGUCAAUGGGCAUGGCCUGGCUCUCUUUUAUCCUGGAAGUGAUAACUGGUCUGCUCCUGCUGCUUGCUGCCAGGAUGGCCCAAUUAACCCAGUACCAGGAGACUGUGGCCCCCAUAUAAGACACGCAUGUCUCCAGUCCAAAGCUCUGGUAUUUUAGGGUAAUUACUAAAGGUAAUUGUUUGGCAAGUUGAAAAUCAGUAGUGCUUGUGUUGGCAUAUUUUGUCCCAGACUUUCUUUUAUCAAAUCAGCAGUUCCUAAAUGCUGUACAUGUUACUUAUACCCAUGCUACAGCCUUUGUUGUAUCCAUUUCCUGUAAUUACCUAAUUAUUCUUUAUUAUAGAAGAAAGCGUGGUCGUUGGACCUAAAAAGGAUAGUUUCUAUUCAUAAUCACUGUAAUAAUAUUUUUGUUUAACUCACCUUGAGAGAUAUAAACAUUGUUGUGGUGGUUAUUUCAUGUCGUUUUGUGAGUAAACCUUAAAAAAAACAUAAGUACUUGUGUUUUGGAUGUUUGUUGUUAAUGGGAAGGCUGUAUUUCUAAAGAAAUCAAGUGGUUAUUAUCUGGAGCCAAUAUACUAUAAACAAGAAGACUGAACGUU